AUGUCUCCGUUCAAGAGACCAGAUGCAGUAGGUGACUCGGCUAAGAAAGGCGGCGGCUGGAGGUUGGAAGAAGGCAUCAGCGAAUGGGUUACCAUGACUCCUGCAUCCCUUCUAGCGACUCGUUUUUCUGUGCAGGCUUCGGUUAGCCUGCCGAGCCCUGUCUUGGAAGCUGAGCAUGCCUCGCCGAUGGUCGUCAUCCACCGCGGUCUCCAGAGCCUUGGAAUGGACGGAACCCACGAGACACCUUGCAAGCCGUCGCUGUCCCGCAUGCUGCUGGGCAGUUCACCGAUUGAUGCGAUUGUCGGUCCUGACCAUGCGCUGACAGAAAAGCUCGAACGAAGGAGGCUCAAGCGCUCGUCCCAAUCGUAUUCAGAGAAUCUCGGUUUCGACCCAGCACCUAAGCGGAGACGGGGCAGACCACCCUUACAGCCUCAGCGACUCGCAGACAUCACCAACACGAUCUCGCCGCCCGAUCUCCAUAGCAAGAGCACUACCCCUUCCUCUAAAGCUGACGCCGAUGCUCCGGUCCUUCCCCGUACGCGCAAGGCUCAGAAGGCCACCGGGACCACUUCUAAGGAGCUAAUCACAAACGCAAAUGAUGAGGAUGAGCUGUCGCUCAUCGAGACGCAACUCCAAGAUGCCAAAGAAAACUUGGCGCUGCGUGGAAAGAGUAUUGCAUGUGUCAAGAAGCGGCAUAACCUGAGGAGCUCGGUUUCUACGCGGUCUGCAGGUGGCGCACGCGAUGCGGUCCGGUCCACGGUUGAUGAGAGUGAGGGUGAGUGA